UAUUUUCUGAUUGCGUUGUUGUGGAAGAAAACUGGUGAAAAGAAGAAUCUUCUUGCAUAUUAAUUAAAAAUUAUUCAAAGCAUUUCUAGAAAAUACACAGCAGUGCAAAAAGAAGAACGAUUCACGUAUAAAUUACGUGUGUGUGUGGGUCUUGAGGAGUUGUACACGAAUUUCUGUGAUAAACAUUUGCAGUGACAGCAACAAAAAAAAUCGAAGAAUCGACUUGCGAUGGCCGAUGUUGAAAAAAUGACGGCGACCGCACCGACCGAUAUACCCGUCUCAUCACCAAACGUUAGUGAAACGGGCGGUGCCAGUAGCAGCACAGCUGAGCUGGGCACCUCACCGACACAGGAACCCUCGAGCAACUCCCAUCCCCAUGACUCGGAAUAUGACACCGCCAGUGACCUGGAGGGGGGAGAGGACUAUGACGACGAAAGCUCCAGCGAAGAGGAAACUGAAACCGAUGACGAUGAUGCUGGCAGCGAGACUGAUGAGGACGAGGAUGAGUUGGGAAGCGGAACAGUCAGCGGCAAUGGGAUGGAUCGAAACGCUGCGGAUAGUGAGGCACAGAAGAAGGUGGACGAGGAUCGCAGUAAUCCACAGUACAUACCGAAACGUGGCACAUUCUACGAACACGACGAUCGUACUGCCGAAACGGAGGGCGACGGAGUCGUGGAUACGGCCAGCGACAGCGGCCAAUGUGGAGCCAUUGUGGAGCCGAGUGCCAGUGAUAUGGGUAAUGGCGUCAUUGCCACAGGUGCCACGCCCUCUGGUCAGACCCCCACAAUCUCGCAGGCUUCGAAAACAAUGAAGAAAUGGCAACCCGCAUCCGGCGGUGAUCGUUGGUCCCACGAUCGCUUCGAGGCCAACGAACAAGCACCCAAGUCACGUGCCGAACUAUUGCAAACCUAUGGCUAUGACAUCCGCAAUGAAGAUGCAGCACCACGAGCUCGCAGGCGCAGACGUUACGGACGCGGUCCAAGCAAAUACUCAAGAAACUGGGAGGAUGAGCAGGCCUACCUCAAGGCCAGCAACAAGGAGCGCAAGUUACCGCGUCCUCAAGACUUUCCAGCGCUCAACGAACGCAGUAGCACCAGCAACAGCAGCAAGAUUCGCGGACCACGCACAUCGACAUCUCGCGAUGAGAAGGAGAAUCGUGGAGAGCGUCGUUCCCUUCUGGCCAGUGGCAAUGAGAAGCAGCAUGGCAGUGCUCCGGGCACUGGAAGUGUUCCAUUGCCACCCAAAUCAGGAUCGCAGGAACCCCGUGAUCGUGAUGCCAAAAAUCGCAAUUAUGGCAGGUCGAAUGGUGGUCACAGUGGUGGAUCAAGCGGUGCCUCAAGUCGUCAGAAUGCCAUGGAGUUUAAACAGAAAUCAAAUCGUGCUUCACAUUCUCGUGGCGAGCAUCGUGAUUACGUGGAUCAGCGAGCGGAGAGAGAUUAUCAUCAGAAGACAGUAGCAAACAGAUCAAAUGGUGUGUCCAAGCAGAUGAAUGAUGUGCAGUCACCACAGUCACAACAGCAACAACAACAGCAGCAGCAGCAGCAGCAACAACAGAGGCAACCACAACAACAACAGCAGCAGCUGCAGCAUCAGCAACAACAACAGCAACCACAACAACAGCAGCAGCAACAAAAACACAUGUCGUCGUCGGUGCAACAGAAACAGCAGCAGCAGCAGCAGACGCCAUUGGUCACCUCGAACUUAUCGCAACGUUUGCAGCAGGUGCAACAACGCAACGAUCCAAGUCAUGUGGGAAGCGUGCAAAUGCACUCACUAGCCUCCCAGAACCAACAACAACAACAACAGCAAUUGCAACUGGCUCAGCAACAGCAGCAGCAACAACAGCAGCAGCAACAACAGCAGCAGCAACAACAGUUGCCAGCUGAACAGAGAAAUGGACCCAAGCGCUACUCAAGUCUGAGACGAACCCAACAUGAGGCCACACAGCAGCAGCAACAUCUUGCCGAACAGCAAAUGCAACAACAAUUGCAAUUACAGCAGCAGCAGCAGCAGCAACAACAGCAGCAGCAACAGUCACAAAUAAUGCUGCAGGAUCCGCAUAUGCUGAUGCAGAUUGCCUAUCAACAGCAGGAGCUGCAGGCGCAGCUUCAGACACUGCAAUUGGGACCAGCACCGCCAACAGCGGUGUCGACAUCACAGCCCAAGCAUGCGGCAACAACCACAGCAUAUCCACAGGCACAGGGUGCACCUUAUUAUGUAACCGGCGGGGAGGCGGUGCCUGUACCCGUAUCGGUAUCGGUUCCCGUAGCAGUGCCACAGGCGCCAUAUGUCAAUCCGGCCAAUGCUGCCUAUUUGCCGCCUCCGCCAGCGGCUGUGGCUUAUGCACAGGCACAAACGGCAGCCACACAACAACCCCAGGCAGCUCCUCUGGCCACUCAACCAGCUGCCCAGCCAACACAGGGGCCAUCGUCCAUGAACUAUCACCAAAACUUCAAUACCGUCGGUGGGACCACAUACUUUGUGCCACCACCACAGACCACUACACGCCCCGCUGUACUCCCUCAGCGACGUCCCACCAAUGCGAUUCCCAUUUUACCACCAUCGGAGAAGCACAAGAGCCGCAUUGCAGGCAACGCCAAUGUCAAUCCAAAGAGUGAUGAAGCCAGCGGCAGCUCCGACAACAUUGAUCACAUCAUUGACAAUAUGUUUGUGCAACGUCCGGCGUUCCAGCCACCGCCCACACUCACAGGUGCUGGAGAGGCAACAGGCACAAAAUCAGCUAGCGAGGAUCCCAAUAGCAAUAUGACUGUGGGUCAGCCCAUAACUGCCGAACAGACUCAUCAGGCCAUUGCAGUGCCUGGGCAAGAAUGAGUGCACGUUUAUGCCAACCAACGGCAGCAGGAGGGGCAGAGGCAGCUGCAAAUGCCACUGCCUCAACCUCAACCUCAGACACCGCCACAGCCACAGCAAUACCGACAAGGACGCCACACAAGCGAUCUACUGCCGAGUGGCUACACAAUGCUGCCGUCUCAUGUUGGCUACUACCACGCCCACUAGUUCAACAAAUCGAGCUAAUCCUCAACAUCGCUGCUGCAAUGAGUUUUUGAUUUGUUUCUUUGCGAAGAGUCUGUGACUUUUCUUGGAUUUUUUUGUAGAAGCGCAAUGCCAGUCCGCAAUGUGCAGUAGGAACAAAGUUGUAAUUAGUAAUAGCAGCACUUAAUCGAACGAACUAACGUCUAGUAAUUGUAAUGCAUAACCUAGAGUUCAUCAUAUUGCUACCGUGUACUAUUUGCAGUAAUUGGAUCGUAUGCCGAGCAGCUCAUUUAGCAAGUGAAAUGAAUUUUAUCCAGCCUUGUCGCUGGCUCCCUUAUAUAAUAUGCUUACUCAUAAAUAUAUAGUUGCAUUUUAAAGUUGAAUUAUCGUGAAAUGUAAUUAAUCAUUCGACAUUGAAUUUAAAUAAAAGU